CCGAACGCACAGCAUUGAUUUUGUUGUCAUUUGUCAACGAAAAUUGACAAAUUACGAGACCGAGAGAAGUUUGUGUCAAAGCUGUGUUUAUUUUUACGUGUGAAUUAUUUUAUCCAAUGAUACAGUAGAAAGCAAGCUACUCUUCAUCUAAAAGCUGAAAUUUAUAAAGUCAACAAGAUGUCGAUGCCUCACAGCAGCUCUAGUACAACCAGCUCCAGUACCAAGAGGAAGGAAAUAUACAAGUAUCAAGCGCCAUGGCCGCUCUAUUCCAUGAACUGGUCUGUGAGACCUGAUAAGAGAUUUCGUCUUGCUCUGGGCAGUUUUGUUGAAGAAUACAAUAAUAAGGUUCAAAUCAUAUCUUUAGAUGAAGAGACAAGCGAGUUCAGUGCCAAGAGCACCUUCGACCACCCGUACCCCACCACCAAGAUCAUGUGGAUCCCUGACAACAAGGGGGUGUACCCAGACCUGCUCGCUACUAGUGGUGACUACCUAAGAAUCUGGCGUGCAGGCGAGCCAUACACUCUCUUCGAGUGCGUCCUAAACAACAACAAGAACAGUGACUUCUGUGCUCCUCUAACCUCCUUCGACUGGAACGAAGUGGACCCCAACCUCAUCGGGACGUCCAGUAUUGACACAACGUGCACUAUAUGGGGCCUCGAGACCGGGCAGGUGUUGGGGCGCGCCAACGAAGUGUCUGGCCAUGUAAAGACGCAGCUUAUUGCUCAUGAUAAGGAGGUGUACGACAUUGCGUUCAGCCGCGCGGGCGGCGGGCGCGACAUGUUCGCGUCGGUGGGCGCCGAUGGUUCCGUACGCAUGUUCGACCUGAGACAUCUGGAGCACUCUACCAUCAUUUAUGAGGACCCAGCCCACACGCCGCUCCUCCGACUCGCGUGGAACAAGCAAGACCCCAACUACCUGGCGACAGUGGCGAUGGACGCGUGCGAGGUGAUCAUCCUGGACGUGCGCGUGCCGUGCACGCCGGUCGCGCGCCUCAACAACCACCGCGCCUGCGUCAACGGCAUCGCCUGGGCGCCGCACAGUUCAUGCCACAUCUGCACAGCCGGCGACGACCACCAGGCCCUCAUCUGGGACAUCCAGCAGAUGCCGCGCGCCAUCGAGGACCCCAUCCUGGCGUACACCGCGGCCGAGGGCGAGGUCAACCAGAUCCAGUGGGGGGCUACACAGCCCGACUGGAUCGCGAUCUGCUAUAAUAGGCACACGGAGAUAUUGAGGGUUUAAAUGGGGAAGAAAACCAAACUUUGGCAGCACUAUCGAGUGGGCCUUUCAGGUUCUGACCAAUUACAUUGUAGGGAAGAAAAAAUGGCGACUGAACCAACCAAUUAGAACUGGGGAAUUGGGCCCACUCGACAGUGGCGACAUCUGGAAUUAGCUUUGCGUUUCCUCCCCAUUUUUUCGUUUUCACAUUUGGACUUCAGCGAAUUUAUUCGAUUGGACGUUUAAAUUUUCACUGAGUUGGUAGUUGACAUCAUUCAAAACUGAAAAAAUAUAUAAAUGAAUGAAUUUUAAGAUAAGUGCACUCCUUAGCUUAGUUGUUGGCUGUUAUGGCUCAUAAUUGGACUAGAUUUAUUUGACUAGCAUCUCAUUGGCCGAAACAGUUGCAUACUGAUCUGUUCUUUUUUAUAGGACGAAUACUGUAGUCACACCACUUUUCUUUGCGUAGGAGUAUCAUAAUGAAUAGAUUGUUCUGUUCUUUACCAAGUUUUCUAUUAGAUGGCCAAACUUAGUAACUUAUUUUUUGUAAUCUGUAGCUAAACUACAAACACAAAGUAGAGAUUUGUUAUUUGUACCAUACUUCAUAACUCUGGUGAAACAUAAUUUUAUUCUGUACCUAAAUAGCAGAAAUAUGUUCGCUUAUUGCGUUCAUCUUCUAGCUAAUGCAAAUUUAUGGAAACAAACACAAUCUUGUGUGUAAUUUAAAAGUAUAUAUUUUGUGGAAGACUGAAAAUUUAUAUUAAAACGGCAUUUCCCAUAUUAUUUAACUGAUCUAACAGGUCAGAUAAAUGGAUUUCAUUAUUUGGUAACCCAUACAAAAUAAGUCUGUAAACCAAACAGCAAGAUAGUUAAGAAUGGAGAUAAUGCUAUGCUGUUAAAGCGGUAAAAAAAUGUUGUUUGACUGAUUUGUUUUCUCAUAUUAUGGAGGCGAGGACCCUGAAUAUAAAUAAUUUGAUGUGUAUUUAAAUUUAUUGAAGUCUCAAAUAUUAUUUAGAACAGGGUGGCUAACCGAUUGACCGCUGGGUUUAGUCCAGUUGAUCAUAGGAACCAUUAUUUUUACUAAUCUAUGCUGAUCUGUUUAUCUAUGAUUUUUAUAAUGAUUGGGUUGCAUCAAUAAAAAGUCGAUCUUCGGUCUAAUCCAGUUGGCCACCCCUGAUGUAGAAGUUUAAGUAAUGUGAUUGGGAACUUUCUUAUUUAUAUCAAUAAUUUAUGUACGAUAAUAGCAUACUCUGCAUUUACCCUAAUGACCCCGUUUGUAGGAGUGUUUCAAACCCUGUAGCGUGCAAAUGUGACUAAUUAAAAA